AUGACAUUUGAAUUAAUGAAUAUUUCUUAUAGAACUUUUGCACCAUUAAGUAAACCCGAUGAAUUAAUUGCAAAAUUACGCGAAUUGGCCGAUCAUUUGGCAUCGGAUUUAAAGAAAGAAGGUCUUUCGGGUAAAACCAUUAGUUUGAAAUUCAAAUCAGUCACAUUUAAUGUAACUAGUCGUGCGAAAACAUUUUCAAAAUAUAUUUACUCAGCAGAUGAUUUAUUUUCAUAUGGAAAACAAGAUGAUAUGAAAUAUGGAGUAAAAAGGGUAUGCGUAUAA